AAAUCAACAAAAGUCCGUUUCUCUCUGUUCUCAUCCAACAAAAGCAAAGACAGAGAGACAGAGAGAGAGAGAGAGAGUCCUAUACCGAUUUCACUUAACAAAUCUCAUCUCAAGCAAUAACUCUAUACUCCAUACCCUAACCCUAGCCCUCUUUCCGCCAUCAGGCCCAUCACUGAAUUGGGAAGAGAAAAGAUACCUGUACUGCUAUUUUGCUUCUUUGUUUUCGUUAUUUUUUGGAUUCAGCAGCAAAUGAAACUCUGUGCAUGGCUACACUGCAAAGUCUGAGAGUGAGAGGGAUCAACAGAUCUAGGAAUUAGCUGAUUCCUACUAUCUGCCAAUGCAAUUCCUACAACUAACGCUGGCCCUAAUUCCAUGCCCUUGCAGCAGAUCGAGCCUCCAUGGCAGCAGCUGAGAAGAAAUGGCUCUUCACUCUCUUCUCUGCGGCCUUCAUUUCCUUGCUUUUCUUACUCUCUGCAAUUUCCGGUUUUAAUGCGUACUCCGCUUUCAGCUUCCAUAGGCCUUUCCCUUCUUCAGUUCGAUACGGCGCUACUUACCCGCCUGCAUUUGCGUAUUACAUCUCUGGAGGGAGAGGGCACAAGGACAGGAUCCUUCGGUUGUUGCUUGCAGUCUACCACCCGCGUAACCGGUACCUUCUUCAUCUCGGGACGGACGCUUCAAACGAGGAGCGGCAGCAGCUGGCGGUUGCCGUCCGGGCUGUGCCAGUGAUUCGAACUUUCGGGAAUGUUGAUGUUGUAGGGAAACCGGAUUCUCUUACUUAUAUGGGGUCGUCAAAUAUAGCUGCCGCGCUUCAUGCUGCUGCAAUUCUUUUGAAGGUUGAUAGUGGUUGGGACUGGUUUAUCACUCUGAGUUCCGUGGAUUAUCCGCUGCUUACUCAGGACGAUUUGUUGCAUGUAUUCUCAACCGUGAGGAGAGACCUCAAUUUUAUUGAUCAUACCAGUGAUCUUGGGUGGAAAGAGUACCAGAGAGUCCAGCCAAUUGUGGUGGACCCAGGACUUUACUUGGCACGGAGGGGAAAUCAAAUAUUCCAUGCUUCAGGGAAGCGGCCAACACCUGAGGCUUUCAAAUUUUUUACAGGUUCCCCAUGGGUUAUGCUGAGUCGCCCCUUCCUAGAAUUCUGUGUUCUCGGUUGGGAUAACCUUCCGCGGACACUUCUCAUGUAUUUUACAAAUGUAAUUUUAUCCCAAGAAGGCUAUUUUCAUUCUGUCAUCUGCAAUUCACCAGAAUUCCAGAACACCACUGUGAAUACUGACCUGAGAUAUAUGAUUUGGGACAACCCUCCCAAGAUGGAACCCCACUUCCUCAAUACUACUGAUUACGACUUGAUGGUGCAGAGUGGAGCUGCUUUUGCAAGACAGUUCCACCAAGAUGAUCCAGUGCUGGAUAUUGUUGAUGAAAAGAUCCUUAUGCGUGGGCCUAAGCAUCCUGCCCCAGGUGCAUGGUGCACUGGAAAGGGGAGCUGGUGGACGGAUCCAUGCUCCAAAUUGGGUGAUGUCAAUGUUGUGAGGCCUGGACCUCAAGCAGUUAAGUUUGCAGAAGCUAUGACGAAUCAUCUGAAUGAAUGGAAUUCACAUUUGAAUCAGUGCAAGUAAUUUCAUGUGAAUCAAAUUUUUUACACUGUCAGCACCACAUCCAAUUGCUCCCGAAGUGUUGACUAGUUUUCAAUGACCAGAAGCAAUCGAUGUUUUGCUUCAAGUCUGACUUGCAAUUUUUGGAGUGGUAUCUCCAUACUACAGGUUACGUGUGGCUGCCACCAGGGGUGGAGAUGAAGCUAAAUGAGUGAUUCUUUUUGAGAUUUUGAGGCUGUGGGGGCUUUUAAAUUCUCCUGUGAAUGCUGUAGAGCCACCAAAAGUCUUUGAAUCAAUAAAGGGAAUCUCCCUGUUACACAUUCUUGUGUUUAUAGAGCAUUCUUUGUUUUCACUGCCCUGUUUUUCAUUUGGUGGUUAUGCCCAAACUGAGACUAAACUUGAGAUGUAGUCAUGGAAAUUCAGUGAAGCAAUGAAACAUGUGAGAGAGUUUUAUUUCUUACAUAUGGGUCUUAAAAAUUCGUUGGAGUAAGUUCAGACAUCAGAGAUGAACUAGAGAUGGCAUAUCAAGUUCAUGUAUGGUCAGUUGAGUGUGAUGGACAUGAAUGUUACACGGUAUUCCCAAACGGAGGGAACGAGCUCAGUGUUGGUAGUAUAUAUCUUAUCCAUGUUUUUUUCAACUUUGGUGGGAUAGAAAUCAGGACUUGUCGCAAAUGGCUUUCUAGUACCAACUUUGAAUUGAGGCUCCUCAUCAUCGUCUAAGCUUUCUUCCAACUUGUGAAGUCGGCUACAUGAAUCUUGGGGGUAGUUGAUGAGUCCAAGAUUAGGAGCCAUGUUUUCUGUUGAAAUGUUUGAAAUCGGUGUUCUAACUCCUGUAUGCUCUUAAGAAGGAUUCUGAUUCUUACUGAAUUUUGGGUUUUCUAGUGAAUUAGUGAUGCAUUGCUCA